AUGGAUGAAUAUCCGUGCAAGAGCUCAGAGAAGUCGAGCCCCAGUUUCCCGGAGGAUGCGGAUGAUGAUGAAGAGCCUAUGGCUGAGCAUCUUACCGAAUAUAACAGAUCGGAGUCACAAGAAUGCCACCCGUCCACGGAGUCUCCGUUAGAACAAAUGCCCGCGGACGUUACUAUGACCGCAGACGACGAGGAUGAUGAAAUGGAGGGCCUAAAACCAAUAUCUGCUAGCAUGGAUAGUCCAAAGCCUAACGCUGAUCUUGGUGACAAAAAGGUUCACUGGACAACUCGACACGUGCAGCUCUUACUGGAUCGUGUUGAGGAACACCUUCACGAAUUUAAUGUUCAAAAAAAGCACAAGGCCGUUUGGCAGGCCAUCGGAGCUGAAAUGGAACCCUAUGGAUUUACUACAGAGCACUGUUACAAUAAAUGGAAGAAUCUACGGCGCGAUGUCCGACUUCUAGUUAACAAUCCGAUGAAGGUCGUUAGAAAUGCCUCCAUACUACGCCAAGUUGCUCGUCUUAUCCUCGUCAUCUACCCCAAUGUUGACGCGACUACAAUGCAAGUUUGUGACAGAAGUGGUAUCAAGUCCACGCCAGUUACUCCUGGGGGUCCGGGAUGUACGACUAAGUCAAACACAUCGAAUGCUCAUUUCAGUGGCUUGAACUCACCCCAUUGCAAGCUUGGCACUGCUAAUCUCUCCUGCCUCAACAAUGCGCUAUAUGGUUCCAGCGGAGGUAUGGACGUCCACUCAACUCCCAAUACCGUGGAAAAAAGUUUUGGGGGUGUCACCAAAUCUGGCGCUGUUCCUGGUACCGCUCUUUUUGUGAAUUCUCUUGCCAAUGGUGAGAAGCCCCAGGCAGGCUUCGCUGACCGUUUGCAGCCGGAGCCGGAUUCAACUGCACCCCUGCCAUUCCCCUUUAAUCCUGCUGCUGCUGCCCUCUUGCUUCAAUCUCAACUCUUUUCCGAUCUUGUCAAGCAACAGCAGCAAAGGCACCAAGACGAGGGGAUAAAAUCUCAGGAUCAAGCCCAUGACCUCUCCGCUACCCAAAAUGGAACCUCCAACUCCAUUAGCAUUCUUCAACAAGCACUGUCUAACCCCCCCACUAGCGACUUCUCUGCUCUCCCCUCACUUACCGCCAAUCUCCUCACUAGUCUGGUAGGUCUCACGUCGCAAGUUGUUGAGUCGGGUUGCCAAAAUACCGCCGGCUCAGCUUCUGCUCUCUUUCCUAACCUCCCUCCCAACCUUGUCGAGCGUUUCUCCUCAAACAGCGGCGAAAUAGCUGGUAUUGUUGAGCGUUUGCAGGCAGAGGAAGCUGUGCACUUCCGCCUGACAGAUAUGAUCUCACACCUUGCCGAGGAGCUCCGCGCAGCCGGACAGAGGAGACAGGCAACCUUGAAUCAACUCCUUGGCCUUGUUAAGGGACACGUCAGAACUCCAACAGCGACUACAGACUCCGGUAACGUCACCUAG